AUGGUUGACUGUGAUGUCAACUUAUUGGUCCACAAACCGAUGAUCACUUCUUGUCGAGGGAGAUUCUUCUGUCAGUCCACCAAGGCUGUUAUGGGGCUGCUGCUUCCAAAACUCACAAUCAUCGAAUGUGUCUGCUUGCCAUCCUGGGUUCUUUGCUUAGCAAACGCGGCCCGAUCCUUGCAGAUUCGUGCAUUCACCUCAUCUGUCACACUGCAAUCAGAACUAAUACAACUUCCAAGGUACUUAAAACGCUCCACAACUUCCAGUACCUCUCCCUGGGUUGUAAGGGGCGUGUUCAGUGACUGCACGUCCGCAAGCAUGACCUUACACUUUGUGGGUGCAAAGUGCAUACCAAAGGACGGGAUGACUUUGGUCAGUUCAUCCAAGAAUACUUGCGCCUUCUCCUCCUCUUCGAACAUGAGAACGAUGUCGUCUGCAUAUUCCAGAUCGACAAGGUUUUCUUCACUGGCUAUUUGA